UAUUAAGUGUCAUAAUAUAAGUCCAAAUAUGCCGUAGUAGAAACAACUUAAUUAAAUCAGUGAUUUGAAAUUUUCCAUAAUGAUUAUUGACAUCGAAAACAAAGCUGACUUUCAAACCCGUCUAAGAGAAGCUGGCGACAGCCUAGUAAUACUCGAAUUCGCAGCCAGUUGGUGUGGACCUUGCAAGAUGAUCGGGCCAAAAGUAGAACAACUAGCAAAACGAUUCCAGGACAUUCUCUUUUUUAGGAUUGACGUUGAUGAGUUCGAGGACAUAGCUGUUGAGUACGAUGUAACAUCGAUGCCCACCUUUGUAUUCAUACAAAAUAAUAAAACGUUGGAAACUUUGAUUGGAGCUAACAGCGAAAAACUGAUACAUGCGGUUAACACGUAUCAUUCGCUUUCUGACUAACAUUUUUUUUUCAGCAAAAUGAUUAUUAAUCAACAGUUUAACAAAAAAUAAAACUUUUUUAUAAAUAA